AAAACUCGAAACGCACUUACGGCUGACCAAUGGCUGCCCAACCUGGUCUGCUGGCCUACUAGCGCUCCUGAGGCGCACCUACUCCGUGUACGGGCAGGCCUUCUACAAUAUUUCGGUGCUGGACUUUGCGCAACAGGCCAUCAGCAGUGGAGACUUUGUGGAGCUCUUAAAACCCUACCCUGAGCUGCACGAGGGCAGCAAAUUCCCGGAUCUCUGUGAGCUGCGAGUCAGUCUCUAUCUCUGUGCGCCAACCUGUCAGAAUGGCCUGCUCUCUGGGCUGGGUUUCCGUCUGCCAAAAACGGCCCAGCGGGUUGAGGAUAAGAAUGGGAAAGAGGAUGAGAAGGACGCGGAAGGGGAAAAGGUGGGACCCCACAAUAGAGGAGAACACCAGGAUGGUGGGGAAAAGGAAGACGAACGGAUGCGGGCAAACAACGGGGCGCGGAGCGAAGCGGCUGAGUCUCCGGUGAUGAUGAAUAUGGUGGUGAGGUUACUUUAA